GUCCUUGGGCCUGGGGUGGAGGCCAAGCCUGGCCCAUAAAUAGGGGUCUCCGCAGGGCCCUCCAUGCCUCCCGCACACCUCCCGUGCUCUGCCCACACCACUGGCACCAGGCCCCGGACACCUGCUCUGCUCCAGAAUGGCCGCUCCACGCCUGCUGUGGAUGGGGCUGGUCCUGUUGGGAAUCCUGGGGGUCCUGCAGACCCAGGCCCAGGCCCCGGUCUCUGUGCAGCCUGACUUCCAACAGGACAAGUUCCUGGGGCGCUGGUUCAGCGCGGGCCUCGCCUCCAACGCGAGCUGGUUCCGGGAGAAGAAGGCGGUGCUGUCCAUGUGCAAGUCGGUGGUGGCCCCGACCGCGGACGGCGCCCUCAACCUCACCUCUACCUUCCUUAGGAAAGACCAGUGCGAGACCCGGACUAUGCUGCUGCGGCCCGCGGGGACUCCCGGCUCCUACAGCUACCAGAGUCCCCACUGGGGCAGCACCUACUUCGUCUCGGUGGUGGAGACCGACUACGUGGAGUACGCCCUGCUGCACAGCGAGGGCAGCAAGGGCCCGGGCCAGGACUUCCGCAUGGCCACGCUCUACAGCCGCACCCAGACCCCCAGGGCUGAGUUAAAAGAGAAAUUCACCACCUUCUGCGAGGCCCAGGGCUUCACAGAGGAUACCAUUGUCUUCUUGCCCCGAAACGAUAAAUGCAUGACGGAGGCAGAAUAGGUGACCCCAGCCCUCGGACCACUCUGCUGUGCUCUUUCCUCCGAGCCCGAGUCCUUGCUCUCCCCAAAUUGCCUCUGUCCCC